AUGCAUGAACAGUUAAUAGCCGGUGCAAACAUGAAAUUAUAUAAUUCUAAAAAAGUAUUUCGACAAGGAAUUUACGAACUUGAAUUACAUCCUUUGGAGCCGUUAGGUGUUUAUCGACUAGAGGAUGUUGAAAAAUUAGUGAGGGAACCUACUUUUGACUCAAAACCUUCGAAUAUGGAUACCAUGAAUCAAAUCCUUAAGACGAAUCGUAAACACCUUCGUAAUGAAUUGUUAGAAACACCAUUAGAUCGACAUUGUAUGCCAGAUGUGGAACAUGCGGUUGAUGAGGCGAAACGAGCUAGUGGACGUUUAUUCCUUAGUGUAAAAUUUGAGUUUUCACGAAGCUAUCCAUCUGUGUAUAUGCCUGUAAUAUUUCAGCGUCCAUUUCUACCUGAACAGUCAGAAUUACGAGCUGAUCGAUGGAAUCCAGUAGAUGAAAAGUAUUUUAAAAUGACACGUAAUGCUCGUACAGCUGACGUGGAUCGUGCACGUAAACCUAAUAAAGACAUAUUAGAUAGAUUGAAACUUGUUCUUGAUUUACCACCAGGAUUAAAUAUAUCCGAAUCAGAUGGGGAUCUUAUCUGGAAGUAUCGAUUUUAUUUAGCUGACAAAUUCCCUGAAACUUCUUUAGCGAAAUUCAUUUUAUCUGUUCGUUGGGAAUAUACAGAACAAGUGAAUCAAGCUGUUGAAUUGUUAAAACAAUGGCCAAAAAUAGCGCCUGAACAUGUCCUAGAACUGUUCACUCGUCAAUUUCUUCAUCCUGCCGGUAGAAGAUUUGCUGUACAUCGUUUAGAAGCUGCCAGUGAUGAGGAACUUAUUUUAUACUUAUAUCAACUUGUACAAGCAUUACGCUAUGAAAAUUGGCAUGAUAUAUUUUCAGUCCAACCUAAAAGGAAUGAUCGAACUUCUAAACGUAAUGUUUCAGAUGUUACAAAAGAAGGUAAUUCUGAAGAGGUGAAAUCUACAAAUUUGACAUCAAAUCGUAAAAUGCCAUCAUCUUUUCGUACUGGACGAGGUGGUGCAUUGCAAAAUAUUGAACGCAGUCGUGAAGAAUUAAUUGGAUGGCAUUCUGAUUUAAAAAAAGAAUGGAAAGAAGAUUUAGCCAGUUUCCUUAUAAGACGUGCUCAAUUAAAUUUUCGUAUUGCAAAUUACUUGUAUUGGUUUUUACGAUUAGAAGCAAACAGUAAUGAUGGUGAAGAUGAUUUCUGCGAACGGGAUAGAGUAAAUCCACCCGAUACUCAAAAGAUGUAUAAACAUGUUUUGAAUAGACUUUUACAUGCUUUUGAUGCUGGUAGUCCUACUUGUCAAAAAUGGAAUAUAGAACUACUACAACAAACACAAUUCAUUCAAGAUUUAUGCCGGUUGCUAAAAUCAGUUACCAAUGAUUUGGGUAAUCGUUCACGCAAAAUUGAAUUGUUAAGAUCAAAGUUGGAUAGUGAAGAAUAUGCUCAUAUUAGGCAUAUUGAUAAACCAUUCCCUCUUCCUCUAAAUCCGGAUAUUAUUGUAUGCGGUGUACAGUCGUCUACAGCUACACUAUUCAAGAGUUUUCAACGACCUGCAUUACUGACUUUUAUCCAACCGAAUGGCGACACUUAUCGAGCUAUUUUAAAACACGGUGAUGAUUUACGUCAGGAUCAAUUGGUUUUACAAAUGAUUGAGUUAAUGGAUGUGAUACUUCGCAAAGAAAAUUUCGACCUUCGAUUGACACCAUAUAAAGUUUUGGCAACAAGUAACCGUCAUGGUUUAGUUCAAUUUGUCGAAUCCAUUUCAUUGGCUGAUAUUCUUCAUCGUUCCACAUUACUAGCUUAUUUACAGUUAAAAGCUCCGAGUCCAAAUAGUCCUAUGGGUGUUCAAAAAGAUGUUAUGGAAACAUAUAUUCGUUCUUGUGCCGGUUAUUGUGUCAUCACUUAUCUUCUUGGAGUUGGUGAUCGUCAUAUGGAGAACUUACUGCUCACUGCUGAUGGUCAUUUAUUUCAUAUUGAUUUUAGUUUUAUUCUUGGCGCUGAUCCUAAACCAAUGGCACCUGAAGUAAGAUUAACUCGUGCAAUGAUUGAUGGUAUGGGUGGUCCAAAUUCAAAUCAAUUUAAUGAAUUUUGGAAAAUCACUUUUACAGCUUUUCUUAUUUUAAGACGGCACGCGAAUUUAUUUUUGACUCUAUUUUCCUUAAUGUCAAACACAGGAAUACAGAGUUUCAAUGGUCAACAAAAUAAUGCAUCUGAAUUUUUAAAAGAACAUUUCUGUGUACAUCAAUCAGAAGAGAAAGCUGUUAGUCGACUGGCUAAUCGUAUGACUGAAUCUAUCAAGGCUAUUGUACCUGAUAUUAUGGAACGAAUACACACUAUUGUACAAUAUAUGAGGAACUAA